AUGACAAAUCUCUCUAAUGCAGCAAAUUGUUCAGAGAACCUUAGUAAAACUUCUGCAGAGGCUUCUCAACCCAAGAAGAGAAGGAAACCAAGAAAGCAGCAUACAGAAUGUCUUCCUUCUACCGAUCUAACCCUGUCGGUAAAGAAUAAAGAACAAAUUAAUUAUCAAGAUCAGUGUCUACACGUCGGCGCCGAGACUCCAUUUGGGGGGGGUAACGAUAUUCCCAGAGUCAAUCGCUCUCGCGUAAUUAUCGAUUCGAACAUUACACAUUGUAAAUCUACUCCGUAG